CAUUUGUUUGCUACUUCACGCCAACUUUCAAAAACUUCAUGUCAGGAUUAUUUUGUUUAUCCUAAAAACCUGCCAGAAGUAUCCGACAGUCUUUUUCAAUCAUGUAUAGACAUUUUUCAAAAUC